GAAAAAGAACAUGGCUUUAGUCUUUUGAAGUGGACUCCAUUUUCAAUUUUGAGAGAACCGAGAAAUAAAGCUAGUGUGAAAGUUGCAGGUCAUUGGACUUUUUGAAUUUGGACGAAAUAAGUGUAGGUAGAUGGUUUUGUAAUCAGGGCCGGAAGAAAGAAUGGAUUCCCUGGCGCAACAUCAUCGUACAGAACAAGUUGCGCAUGUGAUCAAUCUGGAAGUGGUUGAGAACAUUUUGAGGCCUUCAGUAAGGGUUUUGUCGGAAUCCGACAUCGUCUACGAAGAGUUGCAACUACGGUUGAAGCGGGUGGACGAUGAGAUCCAAAACCUGAUUGAUCAACAAGACUUGAAGCAGCUGACCGACUCGAAAUUUUUGAAAAAGAUAGUCCAAGAUAUCAAGAAAAAUUUUACCGGUUUUGAGUCACUGAGACGAUAUGGGGGAAGCCGCAACCGAAAACUCCUGGUAAGUUCAUUUAUCUCUUGCUUCCAGAUUCUCCAAUCUAUUUACAAUAAUCAUGAAUACCCGGGAAAGGAAGAAGAUUCGGAGAAUAUUUCAAGUAGUAUCUUUGAGAAGGGAAUGAUUUUAGACGCCCUUCACAGGCUGGAAUUUCUCAAAAAUUUCCUUUGCUUAUAUGGGUCUUGGUUCUUUAAGCAUCCAAAGGGUUAUUGCGAUGAAUAUGUAAUUGAAUUGUUGGUUAUUCAACUCUCGAAACUUUUCUUUUGGUAUCUCGCCCGUGUUGUGGAUGAAACAAAGAAGGAGGAUGUUACCUCCUAUAAUGCGGAGCGACGUUUGCUUAAGAACGUUAUUGGCUCAAUCCAUGAUACUGUCAAAUGUUAUCAUUUCAAUUGGGAAAUUGUUGACCGUCUACGACUACAAUAUAAUGACACUCCCUCUAAUAUCGUUGAUGAAGAUGGUGUCGUGUUCUUCGAUUGGCUUGUUGAUAAACUGAGGAAGCAGAAGAUGUCAUCUGGCAAUUUUAAGGCCGGCGAAGAUGAGAAAGAUCCAAUCGAGGCGACAGUUGAGGAGCUGAUGUUCUUAAGGGACAAUCUCAUUGUUUUAUUUCAAUUGUAUGCACAAGAGGUUUCUGCUGUCAAGGAAAUGGAAUCUCUUUCUGUCUCAACUUUGGCUCUAAUCUUCGAAGCAGCAUGCCGAAUUUACUCUUGUUUCUAUGGCGAGAAACAGGACGCAAAUGAUGAUUCAUCAUUGGAGGAGGAAGCAGAUUACCGGAGCUAUGGCCUUCUUGGUUUGCUUGAAUCGGUUGAGUCUCUCAAGAAACAGGCAAAAGAUUCAUUGGAGACCGCCGAUUGGAGCUAUGGCCUUGUGGAUUUGUUUGAGUCCGUCGACUACUUUGGCAAUUGCAAACAUUUCUAUCUGUCUUCAGUGAUCAAAACUGGAAGCAGCAGCCCCAACCACCCCAUGGAAUCUGUUGAUUCCCUCAUCGAGACUCUUCAAGAUCUGAUUGUUCACGAUCCACCUUUGAUUGCUCCUCAGAUGGAAACAUUGUAUCAUGAAAUGAGAUCAAUCAGAGGAGGCCUAAUAUGUGAGAUUGCUGAUGACGAGUUGGGAAAAUCACAGAUGGAACUUCUCAUAGCACAAGUCCAAGAAGCAGCCUGUAAAUGCAGUCUGAUCAUUGAUUCAUUUCGUGCUGGAGACGGUUCACUAUGGUAUCACAUGUUGGGAAUGUUCGUUUUCACCAAUGAUGUUAGAGCGGCUGGCAAGGAGAUGAAAAACAUCCUCAAGGAAAAAAUAAAACCUUCAUCAACAAAUGUCCAUUGUAAUUCUUUGACGAAUCUUGUUUCAUUUACAGCACAAAGUCCUGUGGAUAUUAAUGCAACUGUCAUCAGCUGCAAGGAUGAGAAGGAAAACCCGAAAUCAAUUGGGGAAGCCAGUAGUUAUGAUCUUGUGGGGUUGAAGGAUUCAGCUAGUGAAGUCAUUCAGAUUCUAACUCAAAAUUCGCCUCAACUGACAAUUCUGUCCAUUGUCGGCAUGCCAGGACUCGGCAAGACUACUCUGGCAAAUUCAGUAUAUAAGCAUCCUUCAAUCAGUUUUCAUUUUCAUCUUCGUGCUUGGUGCUGUGUUUCUCAAGGGUAUGACAGAAAAACUUUAUUGGCUGACAUAUUACGCCAAAUUGUUGGGCAAACCAAUUCAAGCAAUGAGGUCAGAGGAGAAGAUUGUGCUCAGAAGCUUUACCAAAGUUUGAAGGGCAGGAAGUAUCUAAUCGUGAUAGAUGAUAUAUGGGAUACUGAGGUAUGGUAUGAUUUGAAGAAUAUCUUCCCAGACGACCGAAAGGGGAGUAGAAUAUUAUUCACUACUCGUCAUCGUCAAGUCGCCUCAGGAGCUAACAGCAUUCCUUAUGCUCUACGUCUACUUUCCAACAAAGAAAGUUGUGAGUUAUUAUGGUCUAAGAUAUUUGGCAUGGAAACUUGCCCCCCUGAACUGCGGGCAGUCUCAAAGCGUAUUGCGAGGCAUUGUAAAGGGUUGCCUCUUCUCAUUACUGUGAUGUCUGGAAUUCUGAAAAGCAAAGAAAGAAGAAAAGAAUCUUGGGAACAAUUUGCUGAAGAAGUAACUGGGUUAAGCAUCAAACGUGGAAAAUAUUGGGACAAAAUGGAAUUCACCAACAUACUAGAACUUAGUUACAUGCAUUUGCCAGAUUACUUAAAGUCAUGCUUCCUUCAUUUUGGAACAUUUGAAGAGGACACUGCGAUUCCCGUAUCGCAUUUAAUACGCCUAUGGAUUUCUGAAGGAUUUGUUCAGGGAAAUCUUGACCUGAAAAGUUUAGAGGUAGAGGCAAAGAGUUACUUGGAUGAGCUCAUUGACAGAAGCCUUGUAAUGAUUGCCAAAAGAAGUUCUGAUGGUGGAGUAAAAGCAUGCUGCAUUCAUGAUGUGUUGCGAGACUUUUGCAUUUACUCCACGAGAGUAAUGCCGGGAAGCUGGAUAGCCGAGCCCUUACACAAGGAUUAUAUUGUUCAGCAAGAACCCAUGUUUGAUGGAUUGAUAUCUCUUCAUGGUCACAUCCCAACACGCUCUAUUUAUUACGAAAGGUGCAAUCAGGGAUCGAAGUUUGCUGAAAGGGCGGGAUUCACGGAGGUGCUCUUUAUGUCUAAACCCAUUAUGAAUAGACUCUGCAAGACUGAGUGGCAAUCUGUGCAGUCAAAUUAUAAUUUCCUUCUUUGGCAUGAAUUUCUUCUAGUGUUGGAUUUGGGAAAUGUUAGAGUUGAAAGCGGUGCAGAUUCUUCUGAUCUUAUUAUGAUAGCAACUUUAAUUCAUCUGAGGUACUUAUCAAUCCGGAUUCGCACAACAGAGAUUCCAUCUGAUAUAGGCAACCUCCGGAACUUGGAAACUUUGAUUAUAACAGGAGCAAUUGGUUACAUUUUGUUGCCAGAGUCAGUUUGGAAUUUGUUUCAACUCAGAAACAUCCUAAUGAAUCAUGGUUUCUUUGAUUUCCAGCAUUUUAGCAAAACUUUCUUUGAUAAUUUCGUAGAGCAUGAUAAUCUCAAAUCUGUUUCCACUUUGUCUUUAAGGCAUGGAGAUGACGUUGACAAGUUGGUGUUAAGUAAGCUAACUGGCAUCAAGAAACUAGGAUGCAAAUUUUAUGCAGAUUCAUGGGAUGAUUCUAGAGGAUGCAGCCUCUUUCCAGAUCUAGACUUUAUGAGUGAACUUGUUUCACUCAAAGUAAUCUUCUCAGGUAAGGUGCAGUAUCCAUAUAAAAUUAGCUUCCCAUCAAACCUUAGGAAGUUGUCAAUAUCAAACUCCCGCCUUCCAUGGGAAGAACUUUCAGUCAUUGGGAGACAGCUGCCGAAUCUGGAGGUUCUUAAACUACUCAACAAGGCAUUUGAGGGGCAACAAUGGGACAUGAUCGAUGGCGAAUUCCAAAAGCUGAAGUUCUUGAAACUAGAUUUCUUGGAGAUUGAGGUUUGGAAUGCAUGCGCUGAGCACCUUCCGUGUUUGGAGCAACUUGUAGUGUCAUGUUGCCCACAACUUUUGGAGAUCCCUUCUUCUUUUGGAGAAAUUUCAACUCUGCAGUCGAUUGAGGUAAAAUGGUGCAGCCCUUCUGCCAUAACUUCUGUGAACCAGAUCCUGGAGUUGCAGCUUGAUCUUGGUAACCCUCAAUUUAAUGUCACUCUUGUUAGCUUGGCGUCAUGAAUCAGGUUGAUUUUUGUUACAUGAUCGAUAGCCGCAUUCCAAAAGCAGAAGUUCCUGAAACUAGAUUCCCUGGAUAUAUUGAAGAGCGGAGUCAUCCCUGGUUUGAGCAACUUGUAGUGCUGAGUUGCCCGCGACUUGAGUCUUCUUUUUGAAGGAAUUCCAGCUGCUGCAGUCAGAUCGAGAUGGUUUGGUGCAGCCCUUUUGCCUUAACUUUUGUCAACCAAAUCCUAGAUUUGCAGGGUGAUAUUUUUGGCAACUCUCGGUGUAAUGUCACUAUUGUUAUAUAGUUCCAAAUUAUAAAAUGUGUUGAGUGUAUUAUGUAUUGCUGGUGGAUUAUUAAACAUUCAUGUCUGCACUCUCUUAUGAACACCAUUUUGAUUCCUUUAGAGUUUUGGGGUACUUUCCCUGGUUGCCUUUUCUUGCAUUGCAUAUGCUGAAAUGGUGAUUGAUCUGUGUGCCUAUAUAAUUCAUCACGGCAGA